AUGGCAUCCUCCUCGACAUCUUCUGAGCUCUCCGUGCCCGUUAUCUUCCACACCCAUACACCUUACCCCUUGCCCUCACAAAAAUUCUUCAUUCCGGCAUCAUGGAAGCGAUACCAGCUUUCGCAGCUCGUCAACAAAGCGUUGGCUCUCGCUAGGCCGAUCCCCUUCGACUUCCUCAUCGAUGGUGAAAUAUUGCGAGGCUCGCUCGGCGAACUCGGCGCGAAUACGGAAGAAACGCUUCAAAUCGAGUACAUAGAAUCCGUGAUGCCGCCGCAGAAGAUGUCAUCGCUACCCCACGAGGACUGGGUCUCCUCCAUUUCCUGCAAGGUGCCAGGCUACUUCGUUACGGCCUCGUACGACGGCCACCUGCGGACCUUCGACUACUCUCAAAACAAAUUAAACGAUGUAGCACUCCACGCAGCCCCCAUAACCUCUGCGUGCAUCGUACCCCAACGUAUUGCUGGCUCCCCCGUAGUAGCCACCGCCUCUCACGACCUCACCGCACACCUCACGUCGCUGCCUUCUCUCGGCCCCGACUCUGAAAACGCAGACGCACCGUCCUCACGGACGCUCGCUUCGCUGCACCUCCACACCGCACCGCUCUCCUCUGUGAGCUCGAACAGCGCCGGAACGCACAUCUUGACUACCUCUUGGGACGGCCUCAUCGGCGUAUGGGAUACCACUAUCCCGCAGAAGGACGAGGUGCCGUUGGACGCGAUACACAAUACGACCGGCGAGCGCAACAGGAAGAGGAGAAAGGUCGCGGACUCGGCGGGCGAGGAGGCCAAGCCGCGGCGCAAGGCACCUACGGCGGUUAUGAAGAGUCAUACGGCGAGGGUGUCCAAGGCCGUUUGGGCUCCGUCGGGACCUGUGGCGUACAGCUGCGGAUUCGACUCGACGGUACGCUCCUGGGACGUGGAGAUGGGAGUUUGCACGAACACUAUCAACGCGUCUGAAAAGCCGUUCCUUGACCUCGCCUUGACGGCGGAUGGCCAUACGGCUCUUACGGCUUCGACGGAUCGAUUCGUCACCAUUUACGACUUACGUUCGCAAGGAGAUGCUACCGCGCUCUCAGCGUCCUCGGGUAGCUUACCCCAUCCGUCGACGCCAUCGUGUGUUUGCGUCGGCCCAUCCGGCAGCCAGCAGGUCGUGACUGGCGCGUACGACGGUGUCGCCCGCAUUUGGGACUUCCGCAGUACUAAAAGCGCGCUCGCAUCACUGAAGACGUGGGAUGGAUCCGGGCAGAAGGUGCUCGGCGUGGACUGGGACACCGCGAGAGGGAUCAUCGGUAUCGGUGGUGAGGGCGGGAUGGAGGUGUGGAAAGUGGGCAACACCGCCGCUGCAUGAGCGUCGCAUACACUACCAUGCACCAAGUCUAAAUGAACUGCGAAUGCUCGAGCUACCUGAGCGUUGAC